AUGAGUAGUACAGGGCACAUUGAAGAUAUUAUCAUUCACCAGGGAAGGUUCCUUGCCAUCAGGGUCCCUGGAGCAGUAUCAGUUGCUCGUGUCCGUGCAUGGCAGGCUGCAUUCCUGCAGGCUGUGCACUUACAAGACUCGGAAGACCUAUGUGAAAAACACCUGCUCGCACCCACACUGGUGAGCUGUCCUUCAGGUUCCUUGCCAUUGGAGUCCCUGGAGCAGGAUCAGUCACUGAAGUCUAUGCAUGGCUCACUGCGCUCCUGCCGGCUGUGCCCUUAUGUGACUGGGAACAAAGCGCUCAUGAAGAGACACGUGCGCACACACACAGGCGAGCGCCCCUUCAAGUGCCACCUCUGCCCGAACACAUUCACUCAGAGGUGGAGCCUGACACGGCAUGUGCGUAGCCACAUGGACGAGCGUGACUACCAGUGCCACCUGUGUCCUGCGGCAUUCAGUGACGGUUCCAACCUCAAGCGGUUCCUUGCCAUCAGGGUCCCUGGAGCAGUAUCAGUUGCUCGGGUCCGUGCAUGGCAGGCUGCAUUCUUGCUGGCUGUGCACUUACAAGACUCGGAAGACCUACUUGAAGAACGCCUGCGCGCCUACACCGGUUCCUUGCCAUUGGAGUCCCUGGAGCAGGAUCAGUCACUCGAGUCCAUGCAUGGCUCACUGCGCUCCUGCCGGCUGUGCCCUUAUGUGACUGGGAACAAAGGGCACAUGAAGAGACACCUGCGCACACACACAGGCGAGCGCCCCUUCAAGUGCCACCUCUGCCCGAACACAUUCGUUCAGAAAUGCAGUCUGACACGGCAUGUGCGUAGCCACAUGGACGAGCGUGACUACCAGUGCCACCUGUGUCCUGCGGCAUUCAGUGACGGUUCCAACCUCAAGCGGCAUCUGAAUGCAUUCACUCAUUCUUCCUCCCUUAAGCGGCAUAUGCACAGCCAUGCAGGAGAACGUCCUGUUUCCUGUAGGCACUGUGGUUCCUUGCCAUUGGGGUCCCUGGAACAGGAUCAGUUGCGUGUGUCAACGCAAGGCCCGAACACAUUCACUCAGAAGCCCAACCUGAGGCGGCAUGUGCGCAGUCACACAGGCGAGCGUCGCUACCAGUGCCACCUGUGCCCUGAGACAUUCGCUGACAGUACCACCCUCAAGCGGCAUGGGCUCUGUCACACCGGAGAACGUCCCUUUCGCUGUGUCCACUGCAGUGCAUCCUUUAAGCGGCGGGGAAACCUCAACAUCCACAUGUCCUGUCACGUAGGGAAGGAGCCGUAGCGAAAAGUGGCAGACAAAUUCCUUUCUUUAUUUGCUGAUGAUUCAAUUUUUAAUGGCAGAGGGUGAUUAUGAACUGCAUUGAGAGGGUUUCAGCACGCUCAACCAUAGCGUUUCUUGUAGUAUUACAUACAGGGACGUGCAGAUGUUGCUAAAAGUGUUUGAAAAAGUAUCUUGCACUUACAUUUCAGUGUUCUUGCUCGAAUUUUACAGAAAGAUGACAUAUUGGAGUCCACAUUAUUCAGUGUAACACUUUUCAGAGUUACUUGCCUGUUCUUUAAAGAAAAGCUUAUAGGCUGCUUUCGUCUGUGAGAAAAAUGAGUGAUGCAAAGGCGGUACUAGUGCAAGUUAUCGAAGCAGCCGUUCUGGGAGGGUUUCUGUGUGUUCGAGUGGAGCGAGCAAUAUGCAGUUUCCAGGAUGUGAAGUGUGUUUGGGUGCAAAAUCAGCAAAUCCAAAUGGAUGCAUAGUCAUGCUAUUCUCAAUUGUCGGUAAUGCAUGAUAAUUCCAUUGUAACUGCGUGUUGCCUACUCCACUCGAACAUGCAGUGACCCUCCCUGAACGGCUUCUUUUUGCAGCUGCUGGCAGGCAGCGUCAAUAUCCUGCGCUAGCGCUGUCUUUGCAACAGCCUUUUUUCUCACAGACGAAAGCAGUUUCAUUAUUUUCCUCAAAAAAAAAAAGAAAACAGGCGAGUAACUAUGCAAUAUGUUACGCUGAAUGAUGUAGACUCCAAAAUGGGAUCUUUCUGCGAAAUUUGAGCAAGAAGAGUGCACCUGUAAGCGCAAAAUCUUUUUUUGAAAACUAAGUGAAAUGGGCUAUAAUUUCUAAUGGCAAGCACAGCUCUUACGUGGAGAGUUAAAAGGUUUCCUGGACAUGCCGUGUGUUUGGCUGCAAAAUCAACAAAUCCAAAUGGAUGCACAGUCCUGCUCUUCUCAUUCGCCUGAAAUGUUUGAUAAAUAAAGUAUGUAUGCUGCGCGAAUUCUCUUACACAACUAAGACAAUCAUGGCAGAUGUUUUAUGCUGGAAUUGCGAUGCCAGAAUUUUUUUUUUGAUCGCAGAGUAAACUCGAUUCUUUCAGUAAAGCUCAUGAGCAGCACCUAUGAAAAGCAUCUCGAUAGACAAAUAAAAUCAGGUUAUAUUUAUUGCUGUAGAACAAUAGGGCCGAGUUACAUGCAAGUAGCUCUACUAUAGAAGUACACACGAGAAGUACUAGACAUGAUAUGUGGACCAUGCAUUGUUGGGGGUGGCACAAGCUUUAGUGCAUGUGCUUGCAGCUUACAUCUAGUAUUAAGACCUGAAGAGUAAUACUUUUUUAAUGGGUGUUUGCCUAAAGUGCCCUUUAAACCCGUUUUUUUUUCUUUAGAGUGCAAUGAAUGUUGAAGUCAUAUAGGUUUUAAUGCUAUCGAGAUAUUUCUUCUAAGUGGCCCUGUAGAUUUAAUUGUGGAACUGCAGGUGCAUCGGACCAUGGCUGAGGUAUUUGCGUAUAUUAUACAUUUUGUCAACUUGUAAUAGGUGUGGCCAGGCUUGCAGUCUGAGCAUAGAUUCCGGCUGUGCCUUUUAUACUGCUGUGCCUGUAGACCUCAUGCAAUCACACAUAACAUAGUUACAUAGUGUCCUACAUGUUACUUUAACUGGAUAAUUGACGUAAUGAGCUUCUAUUUAAUUAUGUGUUCUUUUUUCUGGUCUCAGAAAGUUGUCCAUAAGAGAGUUGGGGGAAUUUGUAGCUGCCUCUUAGAACCUAAUUCUUUUUAUUAGUGAUCUGCAAGCAACAAAUAGCGGAUGACGUAAAGAUUAGAGCAGUGCACAGGCCCAGGCUUGGCCGGUGAAAGUAAUUUCGGACAGGCCCGGGCCUGAUGCCCUCAGGCCUUUGCCUGGCUUGUGCGUAAAGCUGUGUGCCACCUAAUUGCCUAAGUUGGCCCUUCAAGCACACGCAGGAGCUCCGCCUAGAUCCAAGGCGUUCCGUGUGAGGCUCAAAUGACAAUUAGAGAGAACUCGCUCUUAAUUACCUAAAAGUCAAACAAGAACCGGAAGGUUCAAAUUUGCUUUUGUUGGAAGGUUUUGAAAAAGUGUUUUAAUUAUUUUUGUUUCUACAAAAACAAAGUGUUCUCUCCAAGAAAUAAAAAAUGCUAAAGACCGCUCUUGAGGCA